UCAUAUUUAGUUAAGUUGUAUACAUUACAAACAUUCUUUAAUUUUAAGCUAAGCUAAGGUUUAAUUUGAGUUCAGCUAUGGCUUCCAAUAGCAGUUUGAAGCUCCUCGUUGCUCUCGCAUUGGUGUUUGCGACGUCGGCUUAUUUAGCCGCGUCUCGAACACUAUCCGAUUCAUUGAUGGUGGAGAGGCACGAGCAGUGGAUGGCUCAAUAUGGGCGUGUUUACAAAGAUGAGGUUGAGAAAGCAAAGCGAUACAAUAUUUUCAAAGGAAAUGUUGAGUACAUUGAGUCCUUCAAUAAGGCAGGAAACAAGCCUUAUAAGCUAGGCAUCAAUCAAUUUGCGGAUUUGACGAACCAGGAAUUUCGAGCAUCUCGGAAUGGGUACAAAUUAUCGCUGCCUCACCAAUAUUCUUCUUCCGAUAAGCUGUUUAGGUAUGAAAAUGUGAGUGUAGUACCGGCUGCGGUGGAUUGGAGGAAGAAGGGAGCUGUUACUCCGGUUAAAGAUCAAGGCGAUUGUGGAUCUUGUUGGGCCUUUUCCGCCGUUGCCGCCGUGGAAGGAAUCACCAAACUCUCAACCGGCAAGCUGAUGUCAUUGUCGGAGCAAGAGCUUGUAGACUGCGACUUUAGACGCCAAGACUACGGGUGCCAAGGAGGAUUCAUGGACGAUGCAUUCAAGUUCAUAAUAAGCAACAAAGGCCUCACCACCGAAUCCAACUACCCAUACCAAGGAACCGACGGAUCCUGCAACAAAACCAAGUCAUCCGACCACGCAGCAAAGAUCAGCGGCUACGAAGACGUCCCCGCAAACAGCGAGUCGGCAUUGGAGAAGGCCGUGGCCAAGCAGCCCGUAUCCGUGGCCAUAGACGCCGGAGGGGAUUUCUGGUCGUACUCCAGCGGCGUCUUCACGGGAGAAUGCGGGACGGAGUUGAAUCACGGCGUGACGGUAGUUGGGUACGGGAAAACGGAGAAUGGGACUAAGUAUUGGUUGGUGAAGAACUCGUGGGGGACAAGCUGGGGUGAGAAUGGUUACAUUAGAAUGCAGAAAGACAUUGGCGCUAAGGAAGGGCUUUGUGGUAUUGCCAUGAGAGGAUCAUAUCCAACUGCUUAAUUUAUUCACUAAACCUAUCCACCCGCCCAUUAAUUAAUUUCUCUUAAUUGUUUCCUUGAAUUUUUAUUGUGUGUGUUCAAUAUAAUUUUAAUGCAAACUCUACAUACUGUAUUAGAUUCUUUAUUGUACGUACUGGAUUUAUUCAUAUUGUUUUUUCAUAAUAAAUAAAGGAAAUGUUGUUGUAUUUUUAUGCAAA